AUGGGAAUAAAUCUAGAUAUGCGAUGCUCACAAACCUUUAUUCUUUUAUAUGAAGUAAUUUCUCCAAAACAGUACGAGUUAUUUCUGCUUCCUGUCUGUUCGGCACGUAAUUCCCACCAGUGUGAAAAUCUAUCAAUAUCUAUCUAUCUAUCUAUCUAUCUAUCUAUCUAUCUAUCUCCUGAGGAGACGCACAAUGCAAUUGCCUUUCUUUUGAAAUGUUCUUCCUUUCUUGCUUUCUUUUCAAGCGUCCUUUCUUUCUUGCUUUUUUUAAAAAAUUUCCUUCUUUUGAAACUUUUCUUGCUUGCUUUCUUUUCAUGCGUUUUUUUUUUCUUGCUUGCUUUUUUGAAAUUUUCUUUCCUUCUUUUGAAAUGUUCUUUCUUUCUCGUUUUCUUUCUUUUCAAACUUUCUUGUUUCUUUCUUUCUUACUUUUUUAAAACAUUUUCUUUUUUUUUAAUUUUCUUUCUUUUGAAAUAUUAUUUCUUUCUUUUUUGCUCGAUUUCUUUUCAACAUUCUUGUUUCUUUCUUACUUGCUUUCUUUUGCAAUUUUCUUCUUUUUUUUUCAUUUUCCUUUUUUUCUACCCUGUUUUGAUUUUUCUUUCUGAACUAUUUGUUCUUUUAUUUAAUUUCACAUGUUCCUUUAUCUUUUUCUUUCUUUUUUACGUGUUCAUUUCUUUCUUUCUUCUUUUCUUUCUUUCUUGCUUAUAA